AUUUUCUUGGUUCUAAUGAAACCUCACCAUUUACCAGCCACGAAGUUGUACUACGUUGUUUCUUGCGCGCACACACAGAGACAUUGACUUGUAUGUAGCCAUGACCUGUAGAUACAUAAGAUCCACAACCCUAUCCCUGUUUCUUAUUCCUCUCGAGAAUUUAUUACUUUUCAUAAAACUGAAAAAAGUAAACAAAAAUGAGGUAGAGGGCGUAAAUUGCAACCAUUAUGUCUGUCUGCGCUUAAAUAAAAGGGAUAGAAAAGGAUAAUUACGAUGAAGUUGAUGUUUGGGGUCGCAUUUUUUGCUCCACUCAAACUUUGCUACUUAUGCACAUAUUUUCAGCUGCGUCUAAUCCUUUGUAUUGAAAUUAUACGUUCUCGUCUCCUCUCUGUCAGAAAGGAGAAAGGGUCUUAUUUUGAUAAACCACAGAAUCUUUUUCAGUUUAAUUAGUGCAUUUAUCGUUAAAGAUUCAAUAUUUGAUAGUUUCUUGCUUGUGAAGCGAGAUUUUCGCCAGGUUUCUGAAGUGGGUUCUUGAUUUUAGAGAGAAAGCUUGCAUCUUUUUUCUUUUUGUGCAUAUUUUGGGGGGUAUUGUUUACUUUUUGGGAUGAUGUCAGUGACAACAUGCCAUAGUCUUGAAUUUGUAAGAACAAGGUUGGACUCCAUGUCUUGCGGGAGCACGUCUAAUUCGUCGUUUGAUCGUAUGUUAAUGAAAAGAUGUGCAAAUGGUGUGAUUAGAAAUGUCCGUAGGGCCUCCAAAGCAAGACAAUUUCUUUGUUACCGCGAGUUCUCGUCCAAGACCUCUGAGGCUUUUCUUAGUGGGACUGAAGCUGGUCCUUCUCCAGUUCUGGACUUGACUAAAGAGACGAGUGGCCCUGCAAUAUCUGAUAUCUUUGAAAUGGUUGCCGAAGAUUUAGUUACGCUCAACAAGAAUCUGCUGUCUAUCGUUGGUUCAGAAAAUCCCGUCUUGAUGUCAGCUGCCGAGCAAAUAUUUGGAGCCGGUGGGAAAAGGAUUAGACCAGCUUUAGUUUUUCUAGUCGCAAGAGCCACAGCAGAGAUUGCUGGUUUGACGGAACUCACGAAAGAACAUAGAAGAUUGGCCGAGAUCAUUGAGAUGAUUCACACUGCAAGUCUGAUACACGAUGAUGUAUUAGACGAAAGUGACAUGCGGAGAGGACAGGAAACUGUUCAUCAAUUAUAUGGCACAAGAGUGGCUGUUCUGGCCGGGGAUUUCAUGUUCGCCCAGUCAUCAUGGUACCUCGCAAAUCUCGCAAAUCUCGAAGUUAUCAAGCUUAUAAGCCAGGUCAUCAAAGACUUUGCUCAUGGCGAAAUAAAGCAGGCGUCCAGCAGAUUCGACUGUGAUCUUCAGCUUGACGAGUAUCUAAUGAAGAGCUAUUACAAAACAGCUUCCUUAACAGCUGCCAGUACAAAAGGAGCCUCCAUUUUCAGCUCGGUUAAUACCGAUAUAACCGAGCAGAUGUACCAAUUCGGAAAGAAUCUCGGCCUCUCUUUUCAGGUAGUUGACGAUAUUUUGGACUUCACCCAAUCAGCCGAGCAGCUGGGCAAGCCCGCUGGGAGUGACCUGGCAAAGGGAAUUUUGACUGCCCCUGUUAUUUUCGCCCUGGAAAAAGAAAUGCGGCUGAGGGACAUAAUCGAGACCGAAUUUUGCGAGUCGGGCUCGCUUGAAAAAGCCAUUGAUAUAGUCAGGAACUGUGGGGGUAUAGAUCGGGCCCGUGAUCUGGCCCGGGAAAUUGCUGAUAAGGCAGUCUGUAAUCUGAACUGCCUGCCGCAAGGUCCCUUCAGACAAGCGCUUGAGCGGGUGGUGAACUAUAACUUGGAACGUAUAAAAUGAUUUUAUUUAAUUUUUUUUUUUUCGAUAUGUUGGGCAGUUUGUUGUCAGUUGAUUGGCUAAGAUGGAGUUCGAUCGGCUGAUAGAAAAGCUGCCUGUGUUGUAAUGUAUAUUUUAACAGACUGUUGUGCACAAUACUGCUGUAGACUAGUAUAUCAUCACACUUGUAGUUGUAUACAUAUGUUGUUCUUGAUGAAUAAUGUUAAGCAGUAGUAAUACUGCCUUUGUGUCAUCAACUGUUGUAAGUUUGGAGGACAUUAUUUGGAGGAACUC